AUCAGUUCCGUUCAGUCAGUGACUAAAUUACUGAAUACUGUUCUUGCUUAUUUUGUAGGAAGGAAAAGAUAAAAAGUGAACGUAGCUUUUAGUAUAAGGUAAUGUUCAAUGCUGUAUGAAUUAAUUACAAAUAACGUUUUAAAAAGAUAUUGGACUGAUUAUGACCGAAAAAGAAAGUGUUGAUCCGCAACUACAAGAUUUUAUACUAGCAGAAACGCAGAAGCAACGUUUCCAGGUUCUUGUCCAUGGCUUAACCGACACAUGCUGGGAGAUUUGUAUGGGUCGUCCAUCCAUACGCUUGGAUUCUAAGACAGAAGUGUGCAUUAUGAAUUGUGUUGAGAGGUUUAUAGAUACUACUACCUACAUAACAAAACGUCUUAUGAGCACAACUAAAUACAGAUCAGAUUCUCCCCUUGAAUUCCAGUAACUUAUCCUUGAGUUUUAUAUAAGAAAAAUUACAAUGUUUUCAAGCAUUAGAAACUUUUUGCACCGCCACCGAAGGAAGUUUAUUGUGACUGGUGCAGUAUUUGGUGGUCUCUAUCUGCUAUCUAGUUAUGCCCAAAAAAAGCUUAGGGAAUGGCAGGAAAAGGAGGCAAAGAAAUUUUUCGAAAUGACUCGUAAAAAACAGCACUUUGAAAGCACCGAACGCACAUGUAAUCAAACUAUAUUGUCACUAUCGAAAAUUGUGUCUGAAAGUAUUUUAGGAAUUUUAAAUACCGAAGAAAUUGUCCAAAAACUUCAAGAAAACCCUGAAAAUAAACUAGAACUAUGGGAACAGAUAAAAAUCAUGGUUUUUACACGGAUUUGUGUCAUGGUAUAUGCUCUAUGCAUACUCCAAGUGACUUUGAGAGUCCAGCUGAAUGUAAUUGGUGGCUAUCUUUACCGGGACUCUGUUCAUGAAGAGGAAUCAUUAAUUAACAGUGAACUACAAGCUAAGUAUUUAUCUUUAUGUCAUCACUUUGUUAGUCGAGGUGUAGAAGAAUUGGCAAAACAAAUUGAAAAAGCAGUAAAGAGAGUUGUAGAACCUAUUCUUUUAAAGAAAAAAGUAACCCUCCAAGACAUAGAACAAAUGUUCUGGUCAAUACAAACUAUAUUGUGCACUGACACAACUGAAGGUGAUCCUGUAAAGAAAAUGGUACAUUAUUUGAUUGGACACACAGAAAUAAAUGAUGCAAAAUUAGACACAAUUGUGAAAGAAACUAUGGAUAUCUUAGAGAGUGAUGAAGUGACAUCAGUAACAAUGUCAUCAGUCAGUCGAAGCUUUUCAUCUAUAAUUGAUGAAGUAGCCAAUCUUUUUGCUACAAAAUCAGCACCGAUGACAAAAAAUCAUUUAGAGGUAGAUGAACAUGUUGUAACAAAUGGAGCAUUAAAAUUAGGAACAGGUCAAGAGCCCUUUGUUGAUGUAAACAAACUAGAAUUGCACUUUGUCAAGCUCUUACCUGUAAUGAAUGAACUUGUUACUAAAAACACUUGCAAAGGCAACAUAAACAUUCCAGACAUGCUAACCCAACAGCUUGCAUUAAAUGACAAAUUGAAGCUUUUGGGGGCUAACAUUUAUGAAGUAUUUAGUGGUGCAUAAUUUACUGAAAUAUGUGGCACUGCAUAUUAGAUUUUUAAAUAAUUCAUAUUAAAAAUGUUUAAAGGUAUUUAGCUUUCAAUUCGUUUUUGUGAACUUAUUGUGAUUUUGUAUCAAUAUGACUUCAACAAUGCAAAGUGGAAUUUCUUCACAUUUAUUGUUACAAAAUAGGUGAACAUGAUCUUUAUUGUUAUUCAUUGGGGAA